AUGGCGAAGAAGAAGCAGUUGGCAUCUUCAGCUCCAUGGCGGGGGGAGGAGGAAGUGGAUGAGUUCGCCGAAGCAAAGCUUAAAGUGACUAAGAAUCCUGGCGAGACUUCGGUAAUGCACGUUCCUCGGAAGAAGAGCGUCAAGUCCAAGAGCACAAAAGAAGAGGAUGAUUCCCUUGAGAUUGACCCUGAACUUCGCUACAGUUUCCAACGCAAUUACCAGUUUCUUCAACGAGUAUUUAGCAUUGACACGAUUGUCAAACCUCUUCCACCAGCCAUGGCUUACAAUGUCUCCCGGAAUUUGAAUUUCUUCACUCGAAUUUUUACACAGUUCUUCGACCCUGAAGGUAUUGCAAAUGCUCAGAAAUCACUUGGACUGGGGCAGGAAGAGAAAGCUCGCCGUGUUCGUUAAUUGGAGAAGGGAUAUGGCUGGAAGUUUGAUGAAUUUCUUUAAUCAAGUGUAUUUGGAUUCAAACAUUGUGAAGAGUUGUAAAUGGGAUGCUGCAUUAUGCAUAAAUUUUGUUCAACUUCAAGUUUAAUUACAUCAGUUGGGUUGUUGAAAA